CACACUAGGUAAAGAACUUGCAUCAAGAUCAGAACUGAAAUACAUUAAUGUGGGUGAUUUAGCUCAGGAAGUCUGAUCUGAUCACCGGAUAUCAUGGAGUCUGGCAAGAUGACUUCUCCCAAGAGCAUGCCAAAAGAUGUACAGAUGAUGGCACAAAUCCUGAAGGAUAUGGGGAUUACAGAAUAUGAGCCAAGAGUUAUAAAUCAGAUGUUGGAGUUUGCCUUCCAAUACAUGACCACAAUUCUAGAUGAUGCAAAAAGUUAUUCAAGCCAUGCUAAGAAAGCUACUGUUGGCACAGAUGAUGUGCGAUUGGCAAUCCAGUGUCGUGCUGACCAUCUUUUACCUCUCUUCCCCCAAGGGAUUUUUUUUUUAUUGGACAUUGCAAGGCAAAGAAAUCAAACCCCUUUGCCAUUGAUCAAGCCAUAUUCAGGUCCUAGGCUGCCACCUGAUAGAUAUUGUUUAACAGCUCCAAACUUUGGACUUAAGUCUUUACAAAAAAAGGCAUCUACUUCUGCAGGAAGAAUAACAGUUCCACGGUUAAGUGUUGGUUCAGUUACUAGCAGACCAAGUACUCCCACACUAGGCACACCAACCCCACAAACCAUGUCUGUUUCAACUAAGGUGGGGACUCCAAUGUCCCUCACAGGGCAAAGGUUUACAGUACAGAUGUGUACGUCACAGUCCCCAGCUGUGAAAGCAAUUCCUACAACCUCAGCAGUUCAGAAUGUUCUGAUUAACCCAUCACUAAUUGGGUCCAACAACAUUCUUAUCACCACUAACAUGGUAUCAUCACAAAAUAAUACUAAUGAAUCAUCAAGUGUAUUGAAAAGAAAAUGUGAAGAUGAUGAUGACGAUGAGGAUGAUGAUGACUAUGAUAAUUUGUAA